GGUGGUAUCUGGUAGCUAACAGCUGGUGUCUGGUUGUAGCUGGUGGUAUCUGGCCACCACCACCACCGCCGCCACUGCCACCACUGCCACCGCCACCACCGCCAUCACCACCGCCGCCACCACCACUGCCGGCACCGCCGCCAUGUCCUGGUACGUGGGCCCGCUGUCCCGUGCCGAAGCCGAGGCUCUGCUGGGCCCGGCGGUCCCCGGCGCGUUCCUGGUGCGCGACAGCCGCUCCUGCCCCGGCGAGCUGGCGCUGAGCGUGGCAGAGGCACCGGCCCCGGGCCACCAGCACCACCACCAGCACCACGACCAGCACCACGAGCACCAGCACCAGCAGCAGCAGCGCACGGCACGGAUCUCGCACUACAUCAUCAACCGCGCCGGCGGCGAGCUCCGGAUGGGGGACCGGCGCUUCGGCAGCCUGGAGGAGCUGGUGGAGCACUACCGGCGGCACCGGCUGGACACCACCACGCUGCUUGUGCCGGGCGCGGGCGGUGCCGGUGGCGAUGCGGGAGGAGGAGGAGGAGGCGGGGGGAGCAACACACAGGAGGUGGCAGAGAGGCGGGCGCGGUCGGAGUGCUCCGGCUCCGGCACUCUCCGGCGCCGCGGCAAAGCCCGGCCACAUCGCAGCGCCGCCGCCGCCGCCAACAACAACAACCACCAGCAUCACCAGCAGCAGCAGCAGCAGCAGCAGCACGACCACAACGAUGACCACGCCUCCUCCUCCUCCGCCGCCGCCGCCGUCCUGGAUGAGCGGCAGGCUUGCGGCCCGUCGAGGGGGCUCGGUGAAUGCGACCGCGGCCGGGACAACGGGGCCUGGCCCGGCGGUGGCGGCGGCGUCGGCGUCGGUGUCGGCGUCGGCGUCGGCCCGGAGGCCAUCGACAGACUCGCCAGCGUCUCCCGCAAGCAGGCGACGCUGCCCCGCCGCUCCAGGUGUCACUCCGGCGGCGGCGGCGGCGGCGGCGGCAUCGCGGCCGGCGCCGGGCCCGGCCGGCUGGUGCGAGCCCUCUACGACUUCGACGGCAAGGACGCCGAGGACCUAGCGUUCCGCCGCGGCGAGACGCUCACCGUGGUGUCGGCGCCGGCGCCUGCCCAGGGCCAGUGGUGGACGGCCGCCAACGACCGCGGCCGCGUCGGCCAGAUCCCCAUGAACUACGUGGAGCUGCUGCCGCCGCCGCCGCCUCGCGGGACCGGGAGCACGGCCGACGCGGUCCGGCCGCGGGGCGAGGAGGAGGAGGAGGAGGAGGAGGGGGCGAGACGGAGGCGUGGCGGCUGCGGUGUUGGAGGCGGCGGUGUCGGAGGUGGCGGUGUCGGAGGCGGUGCCGGUGCCGGUGCAGUCGGCGGCGGCCUGCUGGGGGUGAGGGUGCCGGUGUUGGCGAGGGUGGUCCAGGACCGCACCCCGACGCCCUACGACACCAGUGCCCUCAGGCUCAAGGUGGGCGAGGUGGUGAAGGUGGUGAGGGUGGACGUCAGCGGCCAAUGGGAGGGCGAGGUGGCCGGGAGGCGUGGCUUCUUCCCCUUCACCCACGUGCAGCUCCUGGCAGGGCCUCGCUGACACGCGGCGGAGGUGGAAGUCGUAGAUUCUGCCGCCCCACCGGGAGAUGAUGAUGAUGAUGACGACGAUGGUGUGGCGAUGAUGCCGGCCAACAACUCAAAUAGAGAAGAAGAUGAUGGCGGCGGUGGUGGCGGUGGUGGCGGUGGCGGUGGUUGGGGAGACUCUGGGUAGAUGGCGGGAGACUCCGGGGAGACGCUAGGAGAUGGUGGGAGAUUCUGGGAGUCUCUGGAGAGAUGGUGGGAGACUCUGGGGAGAUGGUGGGAGUCUCGGGGAGAUGCUGGAAGAUGUUGGGAGAUUCUGGGAGUCUCUGGAGAGAUGGUGGGAGACUCUGGGGAGAUGGUGGGAGUCUCGGGGAGAUGCUGGAAGAUGUUGGGAGAUUCUGGGAGUCUCCGGAGAGAUGGUGGGAGACUCUGGGGAGAUGGUGGGAGUCUCGGGGAGAUGCUGGAAGAUGUUGGGAGAUUCUGGGAGUCUCUGGAGAGAUGGUGGGAGACUCUGGGGAGAUGGUGGGAGUCUCGGGGAGAUGCUGGAAGAUGUUGGGAGAUUCUGGGAGUCUCCGGAGAGAUGGUGGGAGACUCUGGGGAGAUGGUGGGAGUCUCGGGGAGAUGCUGGAAGAUGUUGGGAGAUUCUGGGAGUCUCCGGAGAGAUGGUGGGAGACUCUGGGGAGAUGGUGGGAGUCUCGGGGAGAUGCUGGAAGAUGUUGGGAGAUUCUGGGAGUCUCUGGAGAGAUGGUGGGAGACUCUGGGGAGAUGGUGGGAGUCUCGGGGAGAUGCUGGAAGAUGUUGGGAGAUUCUGGGAGUCUCCGGAGAGAUGGUGGGAGACUCUGGGGAGAUGGUGGGAGUCUCUGGGGAGAUGGUGGGAGUCUCUGGGGAGUCUCCGUGGAGACGCUGGGAGACGCUGGGAGAUGCUGGGAGAUGCUGGGAGUCUCUGAGGAGACGCUGGGAGAUGCUGGGAGAUGCUGGGAGAUGCUGGGAGACUCCGUGGAGAUGCUGGGCGACUCUGGGGAGAUGGUGGGAGUCUCUGGGGAGUCUUUGUGGAGACGCUGGGAGACGCUGGGAGAUGCUGGGAGAUGCUGGGAGAUGCCUGGAGUCUCUGAGGAGACGCUGGGAGACGCUGGGAGAUGCUGGGAGACUCCGUGGAGAUGCUGGGUGACUCUGGGGAGAUGCUGGGAGAUGCUGGGAGUCUCUGGAGAGAUUCUGAGAGACUCGGGGAGAUGCUGGAAGAUGCUGGGAGUCUCUGGGGAGAUGCUGGGAGACUCCGUGGAGAUGGUGGGAGACUCCGUGGAGACGCUGGGAGACGGUGGGAGAUGGUGGGAGUCUCCGUGGAGAUGGUGGGAGAUGGUGGGAGACUCUGGGGAGAUGGUGGGAGAUGGUGGGAGAUGGUGGGAGACUCGGGGAGAUACUGGAAGACUCCGGGGAGACGCUGGGAGUCUCUGGGGAGACUCGGGGAGAUGCUGGAAGACUCCGUGGAGAUUCUGCGAGACUCCGGGAGAUUCUGGGAGACUCCGUGGAGAUUUUGGGAGACUCCGUGGAGAUUCUGGGAGACUUCGUGGAGAUUCUGGGAGACUCGUGGAGAUUCUGGGAGACUCCGUGGAGAUUCUGGGAGACUCGGGGAGAUACUGGAAGACUCCAGGGAGAUGCUGGGAGUCUCUGGGGAGACUCAGUGGAGACGCUGGGAGAUGCUGCGAGUCUCUGGGGAGAUGAUGAAAGACUCUGGGGAGAUUCUGUGAGACUCCAAGAGACGCUGGAAGAUGCUGGGAGUCUCUGGGGAGACUCCGGGGAGACGCUGGGAGUCUCUGGGGAGGUGACAAAGACUUUUCCCCGACACGUCCCUGUGAUUCGGGCCGCCGAGGGUUACCGCUCAAGAACAUUCGGGAACCGUUGGAUGAUGCUGAAGACCAACGCAGAGGAAAUGUGGACGUUAUUGGUAGCAGUAGUGAUUAGCAUUGAAGCAUCGUCGGAAACAACAUUGUACGAGCGUUGGUUUUACCCUUCAUGGCAAUAAAACGACCUGUGUUUUGAUGUUAAAA